AAAUGACAAGAGAAAGCGAGUGAGGAGGGAGGGAGAGAGAUAGAGUGGGUUCCUUUUCAUUUUCAAUUCAUCACUCACAUGACAUUAACAACAAAGGUUGACAAAAACUGGGUAGAAUAGAAAGAAAAAGAAGCAAACCAAAUCGAAAGUGAAAUUUACCCAAAAAGAAACAAUACACCAAUGCAACCUCUUCAAUCACUACUACUCCUUUUUCUUCUCUGCAAAUAACACACUCACAUUUUCCUUCACUUUCCCGGGAAAACACAAAACAAAAUACGAGACACAGACAAAUCUUCUCCAUUAUGUACGCAUCGUCCCGAAACGCGUCGUCGCAGCCGGAGAUCGACGACGCCGGCAACGGCAGUGACGUGGGAUUUCACUCGAUCCGAGGUCGACUCCCCGUCAAGCGGAACCCUAGCCACCAUCAAUACCAACACUCUGACCGCCAGCGCGCCUCUUCCUCCGAUCGACAACUUCCGAGGACCACCGCCGGCGCCGGUGGCAGUGCCGCCGCCCGAUCUCACCUUCAUAACCGGUUCACGCGUAAGGGCCUGCUAUGGCUGUUCCCGUUCUUCAAGGGAAAGUCCGGAUUCUACGGCAUGAUCAUCGCGGUUGUGUUCCUCUUCGCCCUGGCUUCGAUGGUGAUGCAGAACUCCAUUACGUCGGUUUUCCGGCAGCGUGGCGAGCGUGGGAGGCACUUACGGGAAGGGCUGAAGUUCGGGAGCACUCUCAAGUUCGUUCCUGGAAGGCUUUCGCAGAGGUUCCUCGCCGGCGAUGGGCUCGAUCGGGUAAGGUCACAGCCUAGGGUUGGUGUUCGUGCUCCCAGGGUAGCUCUCAUAUUAGGACACAUGAAGAUAGAUCCCCGGUCAUUGAUGCUGGUUACUGUGAUUCAGAAUCUACAGAAAUUGGGUUACCUUUUUAGGAUAUUUGCAGUAGGGCAUGGGAAGGCCCGUUCAAUAUGGAAAAGCAUAGAUGGUGAUCUCUCUUCUUUGAGAACUGAGAAGCACGCCCAGAUUGACUGGUCAAUUUUUGAAGGUGUCAUUGUGGACUCCCUAGAAGCAAAAGAAGCCAUUUCAAGCCUUAUGCAGGAGCCUUUUUGUUCAGUACCAUUGAUAUGGAUUAUUCAAGAAGAUAGCCUUUCAAGCCGUCUUCCGGUUUAUGAGAAAAUGGGUUUGGAACGUCUUCUUUCUCAUUGGAGAAGUGCUUUUAGCCGAGCUAGUGUCGUUGUCUUUCCAGAUUUCACUUAUCCGAUGCUCUAUAGUCAGCUUGAUAGUGGGAAUUUCUUUGUGAUUCCUGGAUCACCGGUUGAUGUGUGGACUUCUGAAAGCUAUAGUAAGACCCACUCAAAGGAUCAGCUUAGAGAACUUAAUGGAUUUGGUAAAAAUGAUAUGGUAGUUCUAGUUGUUGGGAGCACUAUCUUCUAUGAUGAGAUAUCUUGGGACUAUGCUGUUGCAAUGCACUCAAUAGGACCUCUACUGACAAAGUAUGCCAUGAGGAAUGAUGCAUCUGGGUCAUUUAAAUUUGUUUUCUUAUGUGGCAAUUCCACUGAUGGUUAUGAUGAUGCUUUACAGGAAGUUGCUUCCCGCUUGGGACUUCCUCAGGGUUCUAUAAGGCGUUAUGGCUUGAAUGGUGAUGUGAAUAGUGUUCUGCUGAUGGCUGAUAUCGUCCUAUAUGGUUCUGCUCAAGAGGUGCAGGAUUUCCCUCCAUUAUUAAUCAGAGCAAUGACUUUCGAAAUUCCAGUCAUUGCACCUGAUAUUCCUGUCUUGAGAAAAUAUAUUGUGGAUGGAGUCCACGGGAUAUAUUUCUCUAAACACAAUCCUGAAGCUUUGAUGAAUUCGUUUUCACUUUUGCUUUCAAAUGGAGGCCUUUCUAAAUUUGGCCAAGCAAUUGCUUCAUCUGGAAGAGAGCUUGCAAGAAAUGUGCAAGCAUUGGAGUGCAUCACUGGCUAUGCAAGGCUUCUGGAGAAUGUACUUAAUUUUCCCUCGGAUGCUUUACUGCCAGGUCCUGUUUAUCAGAUUAAACAAGGGGGAUGGGAAUGGAAUCUGUUCCAGAAUGAAAUAGAACUAGGCAUCGACUUGCCGAAGAUGGAUGAUGAUUUUUCCAUCAAAGAAGAUACCAUUGUCUAUACUGUUGAGCAGGAGUUGACUAGUCUUAAUUAUUCAGCAGACAACUCUGAGAAUGGAACAGAGGUUCCAGUGCUAGAUAAAUUAACUAAAUUGGAUUGGGAUAUUCUGAGAGAAAUUGAAAUAUCUGAAGAGAAUGAUAUGUUGGAAAUGGAAGAGGUUGAAGAGAGGAUGGAGAAAGCUGUUGGUGUAUGGGAUGAGAUAUAUCGAAAUGCUAGAAAGUCCGAGAAGCUGAAGUUUGAAUCAAAUGAAAGGGAUGAAGGAGAACUUGAGAGAACAGGACAACCAGUGUGUAUUUAUGAGAUAUACAAUGGAGCUGGAGGCUGGCCAUUUCUGCACCAUGGUUCUUUGUACCGUGGUUUAAGCCUUUCUAGUAAAGCACAGAGACAAAUCUCUGAUGAUGUGGAUGCAGUUGGUCGCUUGCCACUUUUGAAUGACACAUAUUUUCGGAACAUACUUUGUGAAAUGGGAGGAAUGUUUGCAAUUGCAAAUAGGGUGGAUAGCGUGCACAUGAGGCCUUGGAUUGGGUUUCAAUCUUGGCGUGCUGCUGGUAGGAAGGAAGCAUUGUCAGCAGAUGCUGAAAAGGUUUUGGAAGAGAAAAUGCAAGAUAAUCUUAGAGGAGAUGUAAUAUAUUUUUGGGGGCGAUUGGACAUGGUUGGGGAUGUGACAGGGAGCAACGAUGCACUUACUUUUUGGUCCAUGUGUGACAUCUUAAAUGGAGGCAACUGCAGAACUAUUUUUCAAGAAGCCUUUCGCGAGAUGUAUGCAUUGCCAUCCCAUGUAGAAGCGCUUCCGCCCAUGCCUGAAGAUGGCGGCUAUUGGUCAGCGCUGCACAGUUGGGUGAUGCCAACCCCUUCUUUCCUGGAGUUCAUGAUGUUCUCUCGGAUGUUUGUUGAUUCCAUUGAUGGUCUGCACCGAGAUUCCAGUGAUGUUGCAACAUGCUUUUUAGGCUCUUCCAAGAUCGAGAAAGAGCAUUGUUACUGUCGAGUGUUGGAACUUCUCAUCAAUGUAUGGGCUUAUCAUAGUGCGCGGAAGAUGGUAUAUAUAAAUGUCACCACUGGCGUCAUGCAAGAGCAGCAUCCAAUUGAACAACGGAAGAGUUUUAUGUGGGCAAAAUACUUUGAUUUUUCAUUGUUGAAGAAAAUGGAUGAAGACCUAGCUGAGGCUGCAGACGAUGGCGACCAUCCAAGGGAUACAUGGUUGUGGCCGAUGACAGGAGAAGUGCACUGGCAUGGGAUUUAUGAAAGGGAGAGGGAAGAAAGAUACAGGGUAAAAAUGGAUAAAAAAAGAAAAACAAAAGAGAAACUAUACGAAAGAAUGAAGUAUGGUUACAAGCAGAAAUCACUUGGACGAUAGGAGAGCUUAAAUUUGAGAAUUUUACCUGGCAAAAAGCUUCUGACCUGACCCUGCAAGUGAAACCAAUUUUGUUUCACUCAGGAAUUUGUCUUGUGGAUUGAAGAAGCUUUGAUUCUUCUAACAACAUUGGUAUUUGGCUCAGAUCACUGAAGAACAGUAUUCUGUUUUUCCAUUCAUUAACUGAAUACGUACACUCAGCCCUCAAGUCUCUGAAAAAGAUUGAGACAGAGAGCUAAAGGAGUUUUACCCAUCUGGUUUCAUGGCCUUUUUUUUCCACGGUCGAUUAAAGCGGCACAGAAGACACACAGUUCGACUAUAAAUGUACUCAUAGAAUAUAGAAACCCCAUUCUUCAAUUAAAUUGACAUAGCAUAAAUUUUGUAUUCUUUCAUUUCUGUAUAUUUGUUAAAAACUAGUCCAAUUUUGAGUAGAAUAAUGGCUGGUUUUUUCCUGCAUAUAUAGUUUUCUGUAAUCUCUAUGCUCCUGAUUGUUGUGGUGCGCGAAAAGGCAAAGGGGAUGUGACAUGCUGAUAAUAUCGGGUGAUGUGAUUAAUUGAAUGUAGCGUAAUAAACAAAUUUGGCUUUCAAGUCCUGUUA